AGUAACGGUUGUUCAACACUCACAUCAAACAUUGUACGUAAACUGACAAUAAAUAAGCACCUACUAUGUGGCAAUUACUUAUAAUUGCAUGUUAUAUUGGAGUGCAGAAUACACAAGGAAGAACAUUCACGUUAUGCCCCGACGGAUGGCUGGCAAACCGGGGUUCUUGCUACUGGUUUGGACAUAUUGAAACCCCAAUGGAUUUUACAACGGCUGAGGAAUACUGUCGUCAUCAUAGCAGCCAUCUUGUGCACGUGAACAACUCUGAUGAGAAUGACUUUCUGAAGGAUCGACUGAGGCAAUUGAGACCCUCUCACUUCUGGAUGGGAUUGACGGACGAGUUAACGGAGGGACAUUGGGUGUGGUCUGACACAGAUACGACGGCGCCAUUCCUAAACUUUAACCCUUCAGAACAAGCACACAGCACAGAAGAUUGUGUCAUCUUUGCUAGGAAUUACGACUAUACAUGGGCUGAUUAUGAAUGCAGUAACAGAGUUGCACCCUUGUGCGAGAUGCCGGGAUGGAGUGAUCCAGAGGUUGCUAUUGUUGGGUGAAUGAAAUGACGAUAUCAAAAUACUUUGUAUUAAUGAAAUAAACCAUGUUGAUUCGUGAA